UGACUGUAUGAUGGGGCGGGGGCAGUGGGGGCCACAGAUCGCCGUGGUUGUUGUAGUGCAUAGAUAAUACCAUCAUAUCUAAUUUGUGUCGAAGGAAGAUGUCGUUCCGUUUUUGCAAUGCAAUCACGUGAAGGGCAAUUUAGUUCGUGAGGUGUGACGUUUCCCUUUAUGAAAAAGAACUGAAUAUUUAGGUUUUAACACAUAGUUGCUGAGGAACGAACGCAUAAUAUAAAAACAUUUUGGCAAGUGUUGUGUUACUGGCGUGGAAUACAUAUUUUUCCCACGUGCAAGACGGAUUCGGAUUUGGAUUUUAUAUUGGGUUACAAGCCUGACGUGACGGACUGUCGUGUCUUAUGUCAUGUCUGUGGUUGCUGUGAAAUACCACAAAAAGUGGCACUCGUCCAGUAUUGAAAUCUGAAUAGUCCAACUUAAAGUGUCUGAGUCAUGUACCCGCAGCGUCCUUUGCCGCGCCACAUCACAGCACUGUACGUGGUUGCCGUUGCUAGUUGCGUGGCGCUCUUCGGCCACGGUGUCGCCCUGGUGGGUGCAGAUGUACUGGUUUAUUCAAUUGAUUACCAUGAAGAACCAGAGAUGGAAUUCAAAGAUCUCCCUGCACAAUUUGGAGACCCAAUUCCGAUAGAAGGUUUGAAGGGCCUGGUCGUGAUGGCUGACCCCGCGCAAGCCUGUUCAGAUAUUCGGGAACCUCCCGAUUAUCCCAACUUCUUGGGAAAUUGGAUAGUUCUGAUACAGCGCUAUGGCUGUUCGUUUGAGGAGAAAGUGCGCGCAGCGCAACACGCCAACUAUAAUGCUGCAAUUGUUCACAAUGUGAAUUCAAGCGAACUGGAACCUAUGUCAGCCAAGAAUCCAGUGGGUAUCUUUAUCCCGUCGUUGUUUGUCGGCGAAGAGGCAGGCUUGAUUCUGAACGGAAGCUACCAAUACACGACGGGGUCUUUCGUCUUAAUUAAUGAUGAGCAGACUUUCAACAUCAGCACGCAUCUGCUGAUCCCAUUUGCCAUUGUCGUUGGGAUUUGUUCCCUCAUCAUGGUUGUCUUCAUGGUUGUGAAGUGUGUCAAAGACUUCCGUCGCCAACGCCGUCAUCGUCUCCCUAGGUCUUCUUUACGUAAGAUUCCAACAGCCAAAUUCUCUAAGGGUGACCCGUAUGAAACGUGCGCCAUCUGCCUUGAGGAUUACCAGGAAGGAGAGAAGCUGCGUAUAUUGCCUUGUUCUCAUGGUACGUUGCUUUUCGUUCGCUGGUUGUGUCUACCCACGUACAUUAAAAGUGCUGGGUAUUGUGUGUAUAGGUACAGAGAAAAGGCAUGGAGUCUUGGUCACUGUAGGUGGUGAUGCUUCUAGAUUUUG